GUUGAUCGCCUUAUUCCAGUGACAAGUCAGGAAGAACUGUUGACUUUCAGGCACAUGUUCAGCACUACAGCUUCUCGCAAUAUAGCCGAAGAUCAUUUGUGGGUUUCAAUUGCCGCCAGGCCACCUCAAAGUCGAUUCACAUGUGUGGAAAGAGUAGCUUGUUGUCUGCUAUUACUGUAUUUAUCAAUGCUGGGUUCAUGCAUGUUCUAUAAGGGUGAAGGAGCUGUAAAACAGCCGAAUUUGUUUAGUAUCGGACCAUUUGGACUCACUGCUACUGAGCUUUAUGUUGCAGUUGUCAACAAUGUGCUGACAUUCAUUCCCUUAUUCUUAAUCAUGUACAUAUUUCGUAACUCAAGCCUACGUGUCAGUCAUACAACUAAAUUACUGGAUGUGAUCGAGGAACACUUGGACGAGAAAUUAUAUCUUGGCGAAGCUUCAUUUAUUUAUACCAACCACCAGAAAGGCAAACAGAAUGAUCCAGAAGCACCAGUUGAAAACACUGGAGAGCAAAUGGUUAAGAGAAAGGGGUUCAGAUGUUUUUGUGGAUGGCAAUUCCGUAUACUUGCCUGGUUGUUGAUUGUUUUAUGCUUAGCUACCGCUGUUGCCUUCACUACAUUCUACGGUGUGAUGUUUGGAGAAGAUACUUGCAAAAAGUGGCUUUCUUCAUUGUUCCUGUCAUUCUUUAUAAAUAUAUUUUUAGCACAACCAAUUAAGGUAUUGCUGAUGGCUAUGUUGUACUCAUUUGCUUGCAAAUCACCUGACCGAUUGGAUCAGUUGCAGUUGUUCGAAGAAGAGGAUCGCCUGAUUCAAACGUUAGGCAAGCGUUAUCAGCUACAAAUGGAUGAGGAAUACGUGCAUAAGGACUACUUGCUCUCAGAUUUUCGCCCACAUCGUCUUGUAAUCUUGCCUCCGGAUCCAGCAGACUUGGCACGCGCCCGAGCUUAUAGGCUCAAACAACGGAAAGCUAGUGACGUCACUAGAGAAGUUGUACUUUACGUAUUAUUUCUCGUACUGCUGUUAGCAGUUAGUAUACAAUUUCGUGAUCCUAAUGCAUUCCUUUUAAAAUCCAGCCUACAGAAUUCAUUUUUCGCAGGUGAUUUUCAGAAGAUUCUUACAGUGGACGACUUCUAUAAAUGGUGUAAUGGGGUAUUAAUUCCUGGUCUACGUGUAGAUCGAUGGUAUAACGGCAACCCACCAUUAUUCCAACGGGGAUUUUUGGCAGAUCGAGCUGAUCGAAUUAUUGGGUACGCAAUGAUGAGACAAGUGAGAACGAAACCAGAUUCAUGCAACGUACACAACUUAGCCACGCACCUAUUUAAACAUUGUUACGCGACUUAUGAUAUUUUUAAAGAAGAUAAAACAGACUAUGGAAUAUCCUGGGUCGCUUUCCAAGGAAAUGAGAAGUCUAACAAUUCUGCACCAGAAUACGUCUAUCAAAGUGCAUCACAACUGAAAGGUUAUCCAUACUUGGGACUAAUCACCUGGUAUUCAGGUGGUGGUUAUGUCCACUUGUUAAGAGGCACAAAAGAAGAAAUGCUAGCCAAACUGAGUAAAUUAAAAGAAAUGCAUUGGAUUGAAUUUUCUACACGAGCCGUCAUUAUACAGUUCACGGCUUAUAAUCCUAAUAUCAAUUUAUUUGCGAUUGUAACUGUUUUGAUUGAAAUGCCUGGCACUGGUUCGUUAAUACCAACAUAUCGUAUUGAAACAGCCAACUUAUUCGGUGCAAGUGGAUCGGAAACUAAAACUACACAGUUAGCACUUCAGGGCUUGUAUGUGUUCAUUCUGUUUUGUUAUCUGAUAAAAGAAUUGCGAAAUAUAUACAAACAACGAUUGGGAUAUUUCAUGAAAUUUUGGAAUUUCGUUGAAUUAUUCAUAAUAUUCGGCUCAGUAGCUGCCAUAGCUGCAUACAUUUACAUGAUUUUGAGCACACAGUCAGCUGUCGAGGAAUUCACACGCACAAAUGGCAAUGUAUUUAUGAACUUUCAAUUACUGGCCUAUUGGAAUGAAAAUUUAACCUACUUAACAGCUGUAAUCUGCUUUUUCGCUAUGUUAAAGCUUGUGUAUCUGUUUCGCUUUAACCGGCGGGUUGGUCUGCUUGGCUCUGUUCUAAGGUAUGCAGCAAAAGACUUGAAGUAUUUCUGUUUCAUCUUUCUAGUCAUCUUUUCCUCAUUUGUACUAGUCUUCUAUCUUUUAUACACCGAUACACUUGAUGGUUUUAGAACAGUUUUAAAUGCUGUAGAGACAAGUAUGCAAAUUAUUCUCGGGAAAUUCGACUUUACUAGUAUGUAUGAAAGAGAGAUGGUACUGGGUCCAUUACUAUUUGCUGCUUUCUCUUUAUGCGUUGUAUUUGUUAUGGUUAGUAUGUUCAUUGCUAUAUUGGAUGAAAGUUUUCACAGUGUCCUUCAAGAUUUGAGUCUACAAUCAGAUGAUCAUGAAAUCACACAGUUUAUAGCAGCUCAGUUUAUUAUUUGGAUUGGUUUACAUAAAACAGAAUGGGGUAAAAAGUUUUUGAUCACUACUGCGGCACAACAACAAGAACAGAUGUAUGAUCCAGAUGCAGACCCUGCGAAGAAUGUCAUUCAGUUAAAGUCAUUAAUGGAUGAAUUGUUGGAAUAUGUUCAACAAAACCACAUCUCUGAAGAAACAAAAUCAAACGACUCGAAGUCAUAAAUAUUGUGGUCAUAACUAUAACUUUUGACAGGCUAACUGACAGAUUACGGUAGCCAGGAAUGAAUCUUUUGGUAACUAGCAAUUUUCUUUCCUUCUUCCUACCUCAAUAUUCUCAAUUUUCACUAAAUAGAAAAAAGCACACAAAUGUGUGAGUCAUAUUGCCAAGUAUGUGUCAUUUCACUAUCGAUUAACUUUACAUUUUUCAUAUUUGCCACUUCUGGUUAUCCUAAAAUUAUUCAGAGUAAAAUAAUGUAGUUUUCAG